AUGUUGAAUUUACAGGAUCCAAAAGAAGAGAAGAGGUCCUGGGAGCUACAGCCUGGGAGUAUGGCCGUCCAGACGGGGCCGGGGCCGGCCAAGAGGAAGCAGCGGCGCUACCGCACCACGUUCAGCAGCCGGCAGCUGGAGGAGCUGGAGCGCGCCUUCCGCGCCUCGCACUACCCCGACGUCUUCGCCAGAGAGGAGCUUGCCAUGCGUCUGGAUUUAACAGAAGCAAGAGUUCAGGUCUGGUUUCAGAACAGAAGGGCAAAAUGGAGGAAACGUGAAAAAACAGAAAUUUUAGGGAAUGUUCCCAGUGUCUCCUUGGCACAUCCCUUGGGUCUCUUCUUGGAUGUUCCUUUAAGCCAGUCUCCUCUUCUGGACCACACAUGGAGAUCAUUCCCGCUGUCAACUCUAGCUGUACCCUCUGUAUCACCAGCUUUCAGCCCGGCAUCCUUAGGGCCUUUUGGACUCAGCAGCUUCACCUGGACAUCUCUCUUCAGGAAUCCGAUUUUAAAUCCACAUUUUGGAAGGUUCCUCAAUGCUCUAAAUCCUCUCAUGACAACAGCGUCAGUAGUAAUGAAAGCUCCCGGACCCCCAUCAGACCCUGCUCUCACCGCCUUCACUGAUCCGGCAGCAGUUGAAAGGAAAACGUCCAGCAUUGCAGCACUAAGACUCAAAGCGAAAGAACAUUCAGCACAAAUCCCUCAAUUAAACCUUAUAUCCAGUCUUACAAACACUAACAAAGAACUUCGUUAGAAACUUUCCCCACGGACUGCAGGCACGCAGGAGAAAGCAAAUGCCUUCUCCCAUAAGUCCAUGCAGCAGUAUAGGAACACAUUAAAAACCCCACUCAUCCGUAGUUCCUCCGUCUUCAAAAUGGACUGAUGGAAAUUAACCCUGCCGAAAGAAAACAGGCUCUGUUGUUUUAUAUACUAAAGUCAGACGAUGUCAUAGCAAACGUGCCAUGGACAUUGAGUCUAUUCAGUGAAUUUCUGAUAUAACAAAAGUAAAAAUCAGGAAUCGACUCUUUUAUAUAAACAAGUGUAAUAUAAAGGAGUUUGCAGCGAAAGCUCAUAGGACACCAGGCAGAAGUAACAAAGGUUCAAACCGUUGUAGUAAGAACGUUAGUAGCUUUCAAAGCACUGUGAGCAACGAUGUCUGGGGAGGAACUCGGCUGCAGAAACUUAGUCCUAAGAUCAGUACAUGGUAUGUUCUUAACUUGAAGAUCACACUUCAUGUUGAAGUACAAAUGCCAGUGACAUUUCACAAAGCUGACAGACUAAGCAGGAAUGAGGGAUGGACUGUUUUGAAUAUCGGGUUUUGAUUCAGAUCUAGGUUUGUACAAAAUGUAUCGCUUUUCAAACUAAAAUAAACAGAUGUUUGCUCAUGUUCAACGCGGCCAUGUUUUAAUAACAAAACUUGAGCUUUUGACUGUGGAUCACUUUGUAAAUCCAGACGUGUGUUCUGUAAACAGAAGUUCUUUAUGUGCUGCGUGUUGUCAGUAAUUCGAUUAGAGAAUGGUGAGUUGACAUCAGUUUUAACUAUGAAGUGACUGAAUAUUUUAGCACAACUAAUAGCAAAUAAUCCCAGAUCACUAAGUUUGCUCUGACUAUUUGUACAUUUCUCAAAGUUCAUGUUAUCUCUUAGUCUAUUCAGGUUAUCAGUGGAAUUAUUAAAAAAACAAUGUCCUUUCAAAAUAUUAUUAUUGGGGGGGAGGGGAGAUGGUAGAGAUUGAGGACCUUAAGCAUGAGUUCAGUUUACAGAAAUACUGCGCUCCAUCCUUGCUUAGACAAGCCAUUUAACCUGUGCGCUGCAACUGUCCCACCAAUGCUGUGAAAAUGAAAGCUUACUCUUGACCAUUCAGCCUCGCACUGCUUUCUGAAUGAGGGUAAGUAGUGUUUUCCCCAUUUCACAGAUGGCUUGCCUAC